UAAACGAGAGGGCCAAUAUCCUAAAAAAUAACCCAUAUAGAAGACAAGCCGCAUUUCCAAGAAAUUGGAGCUAUAGAACAUUAAUUCUAGUCCCUUGAAUCCAACGCACUGGUAGUUUGGUAUAAAAUCAUGGUGUAGAGAGAGAGGGAAACCAAUCUCCUUAGAGAGAGCAACAAAGCGGUUCUCUAGAGGGAGAAACAGGCGUUGCAGAGGUCGUGGCAAUGGUUUUCGGGCCGCUGGUCUGGUAUUGCAGGCCAGUUGCAAAUGGGGUGUGGGCAAAGGCGGUGGAUAAUGCUUUUGGGGCGUACACACCAUGUGGAAUGGAGAGUUUGGUUCUCUGCAUCUCUCAUCUCGCUUUGAUGGGCGUUUGCGGUUACAGGAUAUGGAGGCUCAGAAAGGAUUACAGUGUGAAGAGGUUCAGGUUGAGGUCUCGUGCCUACAAUUAUAUGCUUGGUGCUCUUGCUGUUUACUCGGUUGCAGAGCCUCUGUUCAGAUUGGUGAUGGGGAUUUCGGUUACUAAUCUUGAUGGCUUACCAGGCCUUGCACCUUUUGAGGUCGUAUCCCUGCUGAUUCAGGCUUGUGCUUGGUGUUCAAUGCUCACCAUGAUUGGUAUUGAAACCAAAGUCUACAUCUACGAGUUACGGUGGUAUGUUCGCUUUGCGGUUGUGUAUGUUCUUAUUGGCCAGGUUGUGAUGCUUGAUCUCAUUCUGCCGUUCAAAGAAUACUGUAGUCAAUUGGCCUUUUAUUUAUAUAUCAGCGAGUUUAUUUGUCAGGCUCUAUUUGGAAUUUUGCUGCUGGUAUAUAUACCUAGUUUGGAUCCUUAUCAAGGAUAUGUUCCUGUCAUGUCUGAGGUCUCUAAUGCAGCUGAAGAGUACGAAGCACUACCUGGAAAUGAACAGAUAUGCCCUGAAAGGCAUGUUAAUAUAUUUUCAAAAAUAUAUUUUGGAUGGAUGACUCCCAUCAUGGAACUGGGUUACAAAAGACCUAUCACUGAAAAAGAUGUGUGGAAGUUGGAUAGUUGGGAUCAGACUGAGACCCUCUAUAGCAAUUUCCAUAGGUGCUGGGUAGAAGAAUCAGCUAGACCCAAACCUUGGCUGUUGAGGGCUCUCCAUCGUAGCCUUGGUCCUAGGUUUUGGUUGGGAGGCUUGUUCAAGGUAGGGAAUGAUGCUUCUCAGUUUGUGGGACCUGUCAUUUUGAACCUACUUUUGGUGUCUAUGCAACGUGGCGAUCCAGCUUGGAUUGGUUAUAUCUGUGCCUUCUCAAUAUUUAUGGGUGUGGUGUUGGGGGUGCUCAGUGAGGCACAGUACUUUCAGAAUGUCAUGCGUGUGGGCUUCAGGCUUAGGUCAACCUUGGUUGCUGCUGUAUUGCGUAAAUCACUACGACUGACACAUGAAGGCCGGAAAAAUUUUCCUUCUGGAAAGAUAACCAAUUUGAUGACCACAGAUGCUGAAUCACUUCAGCAAAUAUGCCAGCAACUUCAUAGUAUAUGGUCAGCUCCAUUUCGUAUUAUCAUUUCUAUGAUUCUCCUAUACGAGCAACUAGGUGUCGCUGCACUUGUUGGUGCGUUAGUUCUGGUCCUCAUGUUCCCAAUACAGACAUAUAUGAUAAGCCAAUUGCAGAAGUUUUCUAAGGAGGGGUUGCAGCGUACUGACAAGCGAAUUGGCCUUAUGAAUGAAAUCUUGGCAGCCAUGGAUACGGUCAAGUGCUACGCGUGGGAGCAGAGUUUUCAAUCUAAAGUGCAAGGCGUUCGCAAUGAUGAGCUUUCGUGGUUCCGUCGGGCAUCAUUACUUGGGGCGUGCAACAGUUUCAUUCUGAACAGCAUUCCGGUUCUGGUUACGGUGGUUUCCUUCGGGAUGUACACAUUACUUGGAGGGGAAUUGACACCUGCCAAGGCUUUUACGUCACUUUCCCUAUUUGCAGUGCUGCGUUUCCCAUUGUUCAUGCUUCCUAAUUUGAUAACUCAGGUUGUAAACGCGAAUGUGUCAUUAAAGCGACUAGAAGAUCUUCUCCUAACUGAAGAGAGAAUUCUUCAGCCAAAUCCUCCUCUUGAGCCAGGACUCCCUGCUAUUUCAAUAAGGAAUGGAUGUUUCUCAUGGGAUGCAAAGUCAGAGAAGCCCACAUUAUCAAACAUCAACCUGGAUGUACCUGUGGAUAGCCUUGCAGCAGUUGUUGGUACCACUGGUGAGGGAAAGACAUCAUUGAUAUCAGCAAUGAUCGGUGAACUACCUCCAAUGAAAAACACAGAAGUUGUAAUACGAGGAAGUGUUGCAUAUGUACCGCAAGUCUCAUGGAUCUUUAAUGCAACUGUUCGUGACAAUAUAUUGUUUGGAUUACCUUUUGAUUCAGCACGUUAUAAAAGAACAAUAGAAGUGACAGCAUUGGAGCAUGAUCUAGAGUUGUUGCCUGGUGGUGAUCUUACGGAGAUUGGUGAAAGAGGUGUGAAUAUUAGUGGUGGGCAAAAACAAAGAGUAUCAAUGGCAAGGGCUGUUUACUCCAAUUCCGAUGUAUUCAUAUUUGAUGAUCCUCUAAGUGCACUUGAUGCUCAUGUUGGUCGACAGGUUUUUGAUAAAUGUAUCAAGGAUGAGUUGCGUGGGAAGACCAGAGUCUUGGUGACAAACCAGCUUCACUUUCUUCCUCAUGUUGACAGAAUUAUACUGGUUCAUGAAGGUAUGGUGAAAGAGGAGGGUACCUUUGAGGAGUUGACCAAUAAUGGCGUGCUAUUUAAAAAGUUGAUGGAAAAUGCUGGGAAGAUGGAGGAGCAAGCUGAAGAAGAAGCUGUAAAUGGAAACCAAAACCAAAAUAUUCAUAAACCUGUUGCCAAUGGGGAUGUGAUAGAAGAUGGAAAGACAUUAAUAAAAGCAAAUAAUGCGAGUGAGGGAAAGAAAGGAAAGUCAGUUCUCAUCAAGCAAGAGGAACGUGAAACAGGAGUUGUUAGUUUGGGCGUGCUUGUGAGGUAUAAAAAUGCAUUAGGAGGGCUAUGGGUGGUUAUAGUUCUUUGUUCUUGUUAUGUUCUAACUGAAGUACUUCGAGUUUCAAGUAGCACUUGGUUGAGUAUUUGGACAGACCAAAGCUCUGCAAAGACCCAUGGAGCAGGUUUCUACAACCUUGUUUAUAUGCUUCUUUCAUUCGGCCAGGUACUAGUGACAUUGGCAAAUUCAUAUUGGUUGGUCAUUGUAAGUCUAUAUGCUGCCAAAAGAUUGCAUGAUGCGAUGCUUGGUUCUAUAUUACGAGCUCCAAUGGUGUUCUUCCAUACCAAUCCUAUUGGACGGAUUAUCAACCGAUUUGCGAAGGAUUUAGGAGAUGUCGAUCGUAACGUUGCGGUGUAUGUAGGCAUGUUUAUGAGCCAAAAUUGCCAGCUUCUUUCAACAUUUGUCUUGAUUGGCAUAGUGAGCACCGCAUCUCUAUGGGGAAUAAUGCCGCUCUUAAUUUUGUUCUAUGCUGCUUACUUGUACUAUCAGAGUACGGCUCGUGAAGUGAAACGUCUGGAUUCAGUCACCAGAUCUCCUGUUUAUGCCCAAUUUGGGGAAGCACUAAAUGGUUUAUCAACAAUCCGAGCAUACAAAGCAUACGAUCGAUUGGCAAGUAUCAAUGGGAAAUCCAUGGACAACAAUAUCAGAUUUACCCUUGUAAAUAUGAGUGGCAAUCGAUGGCUUGCUAUCCGGCUGGAAACCUUGGGUGGUAUCAUGAUUUGGUUUACUGCAACGUUUGCAGUCAUGCAAAACCAACGUGCAGAAAACCAGGUGGCAUUUGCCUCAACAAUGGGUCUCCUCCUCAGCUAUGCACUAAAUAUUACCAAUCUCUUAACAGCAGUGUUAAGACUGGCUAGUUUGGCUGAGAAUAGUUUGAAUUCAGUUGAAAGAAUUGGAACCUAUAUAGAUUUGCCCUCUGAAGCUCCCUUUGUAAUUGAGAGUGACAGACCCCCACCUGGUUGGCCAGCUUUGGGAACCAUCAAAUUUGAAAAUGUGGUUUUAAGGUAUCGACCAGAACUUCCUCCCGUUCUCCAUAACCUCUCUUUCUCUAUCAUGCCAAGUGAGAAGGUUGGCAUAGUUGGGAGGACUGGUGCUGGCAAAUCCAGUAUGCUCAAUGCUUUAUUUCGAAUUGUGGAAUUGGAGCAUGGGAGGAUUCUCAUAGAUGAUUGCGAUGUGUCCAAGUUUGGUCUAGCCGAUUUGCGUAAGGCCCUGGGGAUUAUACCACAGGCACCAAUUCUCUUUUCAGGUACCAUUAGGUUUAAUCUUGAUCCCUUCAAUGAACAUAAUGAUGCUGAUCUUUGGGAAUCUUUGGAGAGAGCACAUCUAAAGGAUGUUGUCAGGAGGAAUGCUUUGGGGCUUGAUGCCGAGGUCGCGGAGGCUGGAGAGAAUUUCAGUGUUGGACAAAGGCAACUAUUAAGUCUUGCACGUGCACUUUUAAGGAGGUCGAAGAUUCUUGUUCUCGAUGAGGCAACAGCAGCUGUGGAUGUCAGAACUGAUGCGCUAAUCCAGAAAACGAUAAGAGAAGAGUUCAAGUCAUGCACCAUGCUUGUUAUUGCCCAUCGAUUGAACACAAUUAUUGAUUGUGACCGUGUUCUGCUCCUCGAUGCUGGUCAGGUUUUGGAAUUUGACACUCCGGAGGAGUUGCUCUCGGAGGAAGGGAGUUCAUUCUUUAAGAUGGUUCAAAGCACAGGAGCUGCUAAUGCUCAAUACUUGCAGAGUAUAGUGUUUGGCGAGAGUGAGAACAGGGCAGAAGCAAAACAAAAUGAUAGACAGAGAAAGUGGGCGGCAUCAUCAAGGUGGGCGGCUGCUGCACAGUUUGCAUUGGGCCUUACAUUGACCUCCUCUCAACAAGAUCUGCAGAAGAUAGUUGAAGUUCAUGACUCAAACAACAUCCUUAACAAGACGAGAGAAGCAGUUAUGACUCUCAAAGAUGUUUUUGGAGGGAAACACAACACUGUGAUUGAAGAGACGUUGACUCAGUACCAGGUGCCUAGGGAUAGGUGGUGGUCAACAUUCUACAAGGUGGUUGAAGGCCUAGCAGUGAUGGCUAGAUUAUCCCAUAAUCGGCUUCAUCAGCACGACUACACCUUCCGAAAUGACUCAGUUGAUUGGGAUCAUGUUGACACGUAGAGAGAGGGAGAUGAGUUUUACCAUCAGAUUGAAAGAGCACGCUGCGUGCUCAAACUCAUGGAGAAUUUGACUAUUUUCCAUUCUUAAAUAGCAUAAAAUUGAGAGUACCGCUCAUUGGGCACUGUGACCUGAAUGAUGGUGACGAAGAAGAGUAAGCUUCCAUAACUGAUGCAUGCUAAGCAUAAUGUGCGUAGUAUAGCGUUUGCUUUUCCAUUUUGUGUGAUAAUACUGAAAUAACUGUAACCUAAAAGAGAAACUGAUGAGAAAGGAACCAUUGGUGUUCUUGAGUUAAACCAACAUUUUGGUUUCUUUUUCUUGCGCAAGGAUUGCCUAAGGUUUAUCGCAUGGUUUCCCCAA